GCUAACUCUGAAGCUCCGCCCACCAACUCGCUCAAAAAACACCCAUCUUUCCUCCUCUUUUAAAGUCAAUCAUCCAAGCCUUCCGGGAAUCUGAAAAAAAAAAAAAGAACUCGACGAAACGUGACCAUGUCAUCCGAAACGCAGCAACCCAAAACGCCUCACAACUUCUGGGGUGACAUGCCGGAGGAGGAGUACUAUGCGUCACAAGGAGUGACCAAUACCCAAUCAUACUUCGAGACGCCAGAUGGGAAGCUCUUCACUCAAGGUUUUCUCCCGUUGGAUAAAAAAGUCAAAGCCACGGUAUAUAUGACCCACGGCUAUGGAUCUGAUACUGGCUGGUUGUUCCAGAAGAUUUGCAUCAACUUUGCUAACUGGGGAUAUGCUGUUUUUGCUGCUGAUCUUCUUGGACACGGCAGAUCAGACGGUAUACGUUGCUACAUGGGUGACUUGGACAAGAUUUCUGCCACUUCCCUGUCAUUCUUCAAGCACGAGCGCUUCAGCGAACCAUACAAGGGCUUACCAGCCUUCUUAUUUGGUGAAUCAAUGGGUGGACUCGCAACAAUGCUAAUGUACUUCCAAUCAGAACCUAACAUGUGGACGGGCUUGAUUUUCUCGGCGCCACUUUUUGUCAUACCAGAACCGAUGAAACCAAGCAAGGUACACCUAUUCAUGUAUGGCCUGCUCUUUGGAAUGGCUGAUACCUGGGCAGCUAUGCCAGACAACAAAAUGGUAGGCAAAGCGAUCAAGGACCCAGAGAAACUCAAGAUCAUAGCAUCCAACCCUAGGAGAUACACAGGAAAGCCUAGGGUGGGAACCAUGAGGGAAAUUGCUAGGAUGUGCCAAUACAUACAGGACAAUUUCUCCAAGGUUACAGUGCCGUUCUUGACAGUCCACGGCACGGCUGAUGGGGUGACAUGCCCGACAUCAUCACAGUUGUUGUUUGAGAAAGCCUCUAGUAAGGACAAGAGCUUGAAGGUGUACGAGGGCAUGUACCAUUCUUUGAUACAAGGCGAGCCCGAUGAGAAUGCUAAUCUUGUUUUGAAGGAUAUGAGAGGGUGGAUUGACGAGAGGGUUGAGAGGUAUGGGUCCAAGAAAGGCGAUGACUGAAAUCACAUAGAAUAAAACUAUUGAUUAAUUCUGGAAAUGUAAAUGUGAAGUUCGGUCAUGAUCUCUUUGAUGGGCAAAACGAAUGCGAAUGUAAUUGAAUAAAAUGACAGUAAAACUUUAAAAGUUGUAUCUGAUCGUGACAUUGCAUGUGUCGUGUGAAUUUGGCUUCGGCGGUUGGUGAAA